CUUACUCAGCGUGUUGUUGGUCACUCUAUAGCCUGAACGGCUAGUCUGGUUCACAAUCUUUAGACACGCAGCAGUACACAAGUACACGUACGUAGACGUCUAAUGGUGAAUUUAUCGUUAUGGGAGAUGGAAUAACCGAGACGACGUUUCUACACUCUCCCAGUCCUGAAAGUGAUGAGGUAUCUGUAGAAGCAGGUUAUGGAUCGACGGAAAGCUCAGAAGAACCUCAUCAAUUAACAUUCAAAGUGGAACUAACAGAUUUCUCAAUACUGGUCGGGCCUGUAUCUCUAGAUGAUCACGAUGUGUUCUGGCUCAAGCAAAAAAUUCAGCGUCAGUACAAUGAACUUUAUACAAAGCAACGAGAUCUACCUAUGGCUUAUACCAAGAAAAUCUACUGUGUAGACUUGAAACGUAAAAUUUCAUCUGAAGAGAGAUUAUCUGAUUGUUUUUCACAUCCAAAGUUUAUUUCUAAGAAGUGGGUACAGCUUCUGGCGGAAAUGAGUAAGGAACCAAUAGAGGACACAACUGCAGCCCGUGGUCACUCGAGACCAUCCAGCACAUUGGCAUUUGAGAUCACAGAGGCUGCUAAUACUACCGAACGUAGAAGUGAAAUUACUCAGUCUGCUACCGGUGCUACAAGCAGUAAUAGAGAUGAUGCAAGCAGACAGUACACUGUUGAGAAUCUGCGGCUGUUCUACUGUAUUUUACGUUGCUCUCUGCUGUGGAAGUCUCUCUCUAACGAAUCCAGAUUCGUAAAAGGAAAAAGAUAUUUAAGUCAAUCAAUGGUCAUUCUCGUGGCCAUCUUUUAUAUGUAUUUAGUGAUUCACAACCCCUUUCUCAUUCAUCAAGAAGUCUCUUUCAGUUCAUCAUCUAAUAAUACGACCAGCAGUGUCGUUAAUAUCUAUUUUGUCGUACAAGGAUUACGUUAUCUGGUUUUAUACGCACUUGGCAUGUGGAUUUGUAAAAUUUCGCACAUUCAUCACGUAUUCACAAAGAGCUCUCUGCACUUGGCUGGAGAAGAGAAUCAAACCCAGUGGAAUGAGGUGAGCACAUUUCUGUCACGACGAGCGAUCAUAAGCAUUAUGUUGAUUCUUCUACCUUCACUUACAAUCGUUCCAGUAUUACGCAGCGACAUUGAUUCAGAAUACUGUCGUUACAACUUGCAAGAAGAAGAUACACAAAAGUUCGUACAUAUUGCAUUACCAAUCGAAGUAGCAUUCUACGUGCUUUUCUCCGUCGUUACACUUCCCGUAUUUCUAACCGUUUUGUGUAUCGCCAAAGUUCAUGCAGAAGAACUCCAAACAUUUUCUCGUCGUAUGCUGACGUGGAGAGAAGACGAGGACAGCGCUGAGGAUCUUGUACGUAAUAUUCAAGGAGCAGUUCGGUAUUCAUCAGAUCGGUUGCAAUGCAUCUUGACAACAUACUGCCUGGUCAUGAUAUUUUAGAUAAAUGCCUGCGGUUGGAUUGCUGUGCACGAAUGGAUUGUUUUAGUGUCAUCAAAAACUAUUGACAAAGAUUGCUGGAUGCUUUUUGAUGCAAUUCGAUACACUAUCAUAUUUAUAACUCAACUAGUUUGGUUUUACUUCUAUCCACUUUUCUACUUUGGCAAAUUGCCCAACAUUUUGACGACACUUGUUUCUGAUAUUUCUAUUAUCAGCUGCAAUGACCAAACCAGAAAUGGAUAUUUGCUCAAAAAUCGGGAAAUACGAGAGAAGAUGGCGAACAUGAUUUCCGCUGGUUUGACACACGAACCACGUUUUGUUGUAUUUAGGUGUGUCUCACUUACUGCAGCUAAGGCGAUUUUAAUCACUUGUUUUGCGCCCAUUCUUCCAAUAAUUUGGACCGGUGUUUUCCUCACUAAUAAACACUACAUUACAUAAUUAUUUAGGUUUUUUUAAUUAUAUUGUUAUGCAAAUCAAUUAUUUUAAUGUAAAUUACGUCAUGUCAAUACAACGUUAUGCAUAUUAUUUAUCUAGCAAAAUACAUCU